AUUAUUGUCAAAGCGGGUGAUUUCUUAUUUUCAUAUGAUCUUGACGUGAUCUUGACUGAUUUCAUGAUGAACAAAUAAUCAUAGAUUAUACACUUAAUAUAUUCGAGACAAAUAAUGGUUUAACUAUAAAUUAGUUUGUAGUUUUUAAAACCUAGACAUAAACUGUUUUCAUGCUGAUUCUUAAUACGUUGACUAUAUUAAUACAAGUAGUUUUUAUAGUGUUUAUGUCAAUAUUGUCAAUGAAUAUAUUAAAAUAUUUCACUGGUACUUUAAGAACAAUGGCCACGGUUGCUCCUGCUCUAUUCGUCAACCAUGGAGGUGGACCUCUGCCGCUGUUGGGGGACAAGGAACACGCUGGACUAACUGUAUUCCUGAGAGACGAAGUUAAAAAGCAUGUGAACCUAAAAGAAUUGAAAGCGAUAAUACUGGUCACAGCGCACUGGGAGGAAGACGUCGUUACCAUUUCAUCCGGUAAACACCACGAUUUAUACUUUGACUACUACGGCUUCCCCCCUGAAUCAUACAAAUACAGAUACGACGCGCCAGGGAAUCCUGAAUUGGCCAAUAGAAUACACGAAAAACUUAAAAACUCCGGUAUAGACUCUAAAUUAGAUCCAAAACGAGGUUGGGACCACGGAGUUUUCGUUCCGAUGCUUCUGAUUAAUCCCGCGGCAGACAUUCCCAUAGUACAAAUAUCCGUAUUGAACAGUCAAGAUCCAAAGAAGCAUUAUGAAUUAGGCGAAGCACUUCAGGAGUUCCGCAAAGAGGGUAUCGCUAUCCUAGGCUCCGGUAUGUCCUACCAUAACAUGAGAGAGUUCAGGUUCGGACGAAACCAAGACCACGUUGUAAACACGGAAUUCGAUGAGUACUUAACCAAAGUGUGUACGGCUAAAGAUGAGAAAUCAAGACGAGAAGGUUUGUAUUCUUGGAGAGACCAGCCCGGGGCCACAGAGGCACAUCCAGUGCGAGCCGCUGAGCAUUUUAUGCCAUUGAUCGUUGUGGCUGGUGCGGGUGGGACAGCCCAAGGCGAAAGAAUCUUCAAUUGGGAUAUGGCUAAUACGUUUAGAUUGAGUGCCUUCAUAUGGAAAGGCUUGUAAACUAAAAGUUUAGGUUCCAGUAUUGAAACCUAUAAUUGAGUCGUCUAUUAUCAAAGGCGGCAAUCUGUACAUUUGGACAAAAAUUUUUUAUUGAUAUGUCAAUACAGAUUUAUUUGAAUAUAAUCGUCUCCUUCAAAGAAUACGGUUCAAAACCUGCAUUAAAUAAAGGUUAAUAGUUAACCUGUUAUUUAUCUAAGAUGUCGUUCCGAAGAGUUUUGUGACUGCCAAUGGAAUACAAAGUCAAUAAUUCGUUUUUCUGAUUUACCAAUCAUUGUCCAAAAGUCAGAUUGCCGCCUUUGAUAAUAGUCGACUCAAUUAAAGCAUUCUUUGGUAAUGGGUAUAAGUGUUUUUAUAGCAGAACUCGGGAGCUUUGAAGUUGAUUGAUAAGAAAUAUAUAUCGCGUUUAGUCUACAAACAUACUUUUUCUUCAUCUAUUACUAAUAAUUGUUUUGGAUUUAUGUAACACAGAUAAAUAACGGAUUUAAUUAGGUACAAAGAUAUACAAUAUAGGAUUAUUUAAUAUGUCGCUCAAACCAAAUAACCCUUCACUAGAUAAUAUUAAAAUUUAAAAACUAUUAGUGUAUAUAAAAUUUAUUAUUGACGAUAAAUAGCACCCUUAGAAUUAAAGUGGCUUAACUAGAAAUGUAAAGACAAUAUGAGUUUUAUACAUUGAACGCCUUACAUAAAUGCAUUCUAUCGGAUUAUAAAAUUGACAAUUCUCAUUUAGUUUUACUGGUGGUAGAACCUCUUGUAAGUCCACACUGGUAGGCACCACCACCCUGCCUAUUUCUGCUGUGAAGCAGUAAUGCGUUUCGGUUUGAAGAGUGUGGCAGCCGUUGUAACUAUACUGAGACCUUAGAACUUAUAUCUCAAGGUGGGUAACUACUUAACACCAGGCGGGCUGUGAGCUCGACCACACAUCUACGCAAUAAAAAAAACAUAAUAACUAUAGUUGUGAUUAUUGUUAUAAAGUGACUUGUUUUGUCAAAAAAGUGCCUUUUCAUUAGAACAAUAAUUUUUGUCUGUUUACAUAAAUAUUAGAAUGUAUAUUUUAUUAAAUCAAUGUUUAUAGUUUAUUAUACAAGAAUUAAAUGUUAUGCAAAUUGG